AUGAUGUAUCAAUAAUGAUAGACAUUUUUAGUCAAAUGCCAGAAUCAUAAAUGGGUUCAUUGAGAAUGAGACCUUCCCAAUUAAGAAUAGAAAUGACAGAUGAUCAAUAGCUUUCCACAAGACGGAGGAAUUUCAUGUCUCCUACUGCUUUACCAUUAUUCAGAGAAUUGUAUAAAUAAGUUUCAUAUAUUUCAGAUAAUAACAAACGACUAGACAACAUCAUUAAUAAGGAAUGGCUCCUUUAGCUAUGAAAGUACAAUUAUCAAUCUAAUACACUAGCCUAUGUCUAGCCAAUCAUAAAUUACAAAAUCCUUACUGUUUAAUUUAUUUUUAUAAGGUUUCUUUAUCAACUAUUAUGGUUAUCUAUUUUGGUAAUACAGUUUUCGCUACGUUUUACUGUAAUUAUGGAUCUAAGAUUUGCUCACAAUGUUUAUAUUGAUAUAUUAUAAUUAUCGUAAAGGAGAAGAUUGUAUUUGGCAAUUAAUAGAGGCUAUGUUUCUAUUUUUUUUAAAAGUAAUGGAAUCAUUUUAACAAAGGUUUUUGUUGUGUUUUAUUAUGAAAUAUAGAAAUUCAAAAUAUACUUUAUUACAAUUAUGAUGAUUUCAUUAUCUAUAUUGGUGUUGUUUAUGCGAGUAGUUUAAAAAUUGAAAUUUCAAUUAUAGAACAAUCAAUAAAUUGUAAGUAUUACAUUUAUAAUAAGAUUAUUCAAUUUAUAAAAACAUUAUUAUGCGUUUAGAUGACACUAAUUGCAUUGAAAUGGGAGGAUAAAAUUGACUGGGUUUGGUCCUAAAUCUUUAUAAUUUUAUGGGUGUUUUUGGUAGUCCUUGCAUUAUUACUAUUUAUAUCGUUUAUAGGAUGUAUUGAAACCUUCAUUAAUCUCCUAAAAAAAUAAACUAGUCAAAAUUAUUGUAUUCCUUAUAUCUAUUAUAGUAAUAGGAAAUAUUUGGAUAUUUAUUAAUAUCAUAGGUUAUACAUUGUUGCCAUUCUCAUUUUUGUAUAGAUUGACUCAACUAUACGACAAUGGGGAAUCCUUUGGAUAAGAUGAAACUAUCUAACUCAUUGUUCUAAAUGCAAUUUACAUGGCAUUGUUAACCGUGUAUACUAUAUUUUUCGUCAAUAACAUAAAGUAAUUAUGAUAUAUCUAAGAAUGUAGAAUAUUUUUAAAAGAAUUAUAAGGAUAUGAAUCAUAUUCUACAGGAAUACCUCAAUAACCAAUUUAAAUUUAAUAAGAUUAAGAAUAACGAAAUGAGAAUUUGCCUGAUUCCAAUGAAACUUUGUCAAAGAAAAAAAAGAAGUAGCCUUUUAGAUUUGUUAAAUUAAAUGCCCCAUUAUAUUUAAUAAAAAUGUCCUGCACAUUCUUUGCUAUAUUUGAUAAAAUAUAAUUUGGUCAGACAAAUCCUAAAUAAACAGAACAGCUUUCUCAAAGAGCAUUAGGACAAUAAUCAUCAAAUAGAAUGGAGUUUUAAAAGGAAAUUAAAGCCAAUAGCAAUUCAUUAGAUGAAAAGAUCAAUAAUAUAGGAGCUUAAGAAUAAAAGCAAGAAAUCGCUGAGGAAUAAGAAAAGGAAAAUGGAGCCACUAAAAAAGGUUCAGAAUUACAAUAAAAGUCUCAAAAUUCCAUUAAUGAGGAUUAGUAGUCUACUUAGGAUAAAUGUUUGAUUUGUUAUGAAAAUCAACCAAAUAUUUUAUUUAUCCCUUGUAGACAUGGGGGAAUUUGUGAGAAGUGUGCAGAAGAUAUCGUAGUUAAAUCCAAUUAAUGUUAUUUGUGUAGAAAAGUAUUUAAUAUAUUUAUUUAGAAUAUUAAAUAAAUCUUGAAAAUAAAUACAGAAGGGGGACAUUUAAUUGUUAAUGAGAUUAGCAAUAUAAAGCAAAAAAGGUAGAUUUAAGCUUGA